AACUCUUGGCCUUCAAUCGUAACAGCUGAUGGUGCCAGCUGUUUGCCAAAUUACAACUCCACGAAAGUUUGAUUAGCUGUUAUAUUUUGUGGUCGUAAAUAAUAAAAAUAAUUUCUAACGAAAUGCUGAGAGCUAGAAACCUUUUAAGCUCACAAAAACGAUUGAAAAGCGUGCGACCAGGCCUUCAGCAAAGUAAAAAAACUAAUACCCAACGUGCUUUGGAAAGCUUUGAUGACUUCUAUGGUUCUGUUUUUGGUAUUCGAUGGAAAAAUAUACGAGUAGCGUUGUUGACGGAACAUAAAUAUAUAGCUUUAAUAAAUAACUUCGGAGAUGUUGGCAAAACAGCUAAAGAACUCGAAUUAAAUGGAGCCUUGAAUGUAAAAUCUCUCAUAAACCUAGCUAAAGAAAAUUUAGAACAUAAAAUUAAACACUCCAUAGAAAGUACAAAUAGCAGGCUAGAUGAAAAUCUUGUGAAAGUUCUACGCAAGCAGCAAGAACUUGAAAAGUAUUCCUUAUAUCCAAUGGGCGCAAGUGAAUCCGCGACAUCGACACGAGACCAAUUGAUUUAUUCUGGAAAAAAAGAUGUCAAUUUGAAUAUUGACGUGGAUAACGUUAUUCCUACGAAUUUUGGACAUAGCCUUGAGGAAGCUAUUGAAAAGGAUAGAUAUUUAGAUCAAAGCCGUAUGAUAGAUCCUAAAUACAGUACGGGUGGCUUAUACGAAUUCAUGCCGGCAAAUAAAAUUAAGGGAAUGGAAGAUUGGAUACCUGAAUCAGAUCACUACAAAUACUAUCAAACACAAGCAGACUUUCCGUUGCAAUUCGAAUUAGAAACGGAACUUUGCUAUCCAGAAAACCUUAAUUUAUAUGCUUACGAAAUGGGUAACUGCUCUGAUUUUAAAUUUCCGAAAAGAUGUUUAACGGGUGUACUCUCACAUUAUCUUAUGGAUGGAGCCUCAGUUCUUCCACCAUUACUUUUAGAUUUAAAGAAAGGGGAUAGAGUUUUGGACGCCUGUGCUGCUCCAGGCGGAAAAUCCCUAAUAAUGUUGCAAACGCUUUAUCCAGAUAUAUUGAUUUGCAAUGACAUUCAAGAGUCGCGCCUUAAUAGAAUCCGAAAAGUUAUGCAAGAAUACAUAUUUGACUAUAAAGAAAAUUGGGAGAAUAAACGAGUAGCGCUAAGUCAAUGUGAUGCAAAGUUUUUAGACAGCUAUGACAGUUUUGAUAAGAUUUUGGUGGAUGUUCCCUGUACCACGGACCGGCAUUCUUUGCUAAAAAAUGAAAAUAAUAUUUUUAAAACAACUCGUGUUAAAGAACGGUUGCGAAUACCUGAAUUGCAAGCUAAUAUCUUAUCAAAUUGCUUACGUUUGUUAAAGCCUGGUGGAAGUUUAGUGUAUUCAACUUGUUCACUUUCGCCUGUUCAAAACGAUGGUGUAGUGCAUAUGGCGCUGCAGAAAGCUUUCAACGAGCAUGGCAUAACCGCAACCGUUAAGGAUUUGAGCUUCAUUAUAAGAUAUUUAGAGGACAUUUUUAGGUUUGAACACCCAAAAGACAUGAAAUAUGGACAAAUGGUGAUUCCUUAUUUGCCAGCGAAUUUCGGUCCUUUGUACUUUAGUAAAUUAACAAGGAAUGUGUAAUUAUACCAAAAAAUGGAUAGGACCAGGUAUUUUGAAAACGGUGCUGAAAAUAAAUCGCAAAUGUAAAAGA